AAACGGUCUGCAUUUAUAGAAGAAAAGAGUUUCAAAUUUACAUAUUAAUGAGGAUGUUGAAGUUUUUAAGAGCUCAAAGGAUUGUCACCUCUCUUAUAUAAAGAGCUCGAAAGUGCAAUGGAAGAUAUAUCGAAAAGUGAUAAAUAUAUUUAUAUCUUACGUAGAAGAAAAAGAAUGGCCACCAUUGUUUCUCCUCAACAUUUCUCCCCUGUUGAAGAUGCUGAGAACAUCAAGAAGGCUUGCCAAGGAUGGGGAACCGAUGAAAAGGCCAUCAUCUCGAUCCUCGGACACCGGAACUUGUUUCAGAGGAAACUCAUAAGACAAGCUUACCAGGAGAUAUACCAUGAGGAUCUCCUUCACCAGCUCAAGUCUGAGCUCUCUGGCGACUUUGAGAGAGCUAUAUGUUUGUGGGUUUUGGAUCCUCCAGAGAGAGAUGCUCACUUGGCCAACUUGGCUCUACAAAAGCCUGUUCCUGACUGCAAGGUCCUCGUCGAGAUUGCUUGCAUGAGAUCCCCUGAAGAUCUAUUAGCUACCAGGCGUGCUUACCGUUGCCUCUACAAGCGUUCUCUCGAGGAAGACUUGGCCUCCCGUACUACCGGCGACAUCAGGAAGCUCUUGGUAGCAACGGCGUCUGCUUAUAAAUACCAUGGGGAAGAAAUUGAUGAGACUCUGGCGCAUUCAGAGGCUGCGAUUCUUCAUGAUGAAAUCCUAGGUAAGGCUGUUGAUCAUGAAGAAACGAUCAGAGUGAUAAGUACAAGGAGCAGCGUGCAGCUCUGCGCAAUCCUCAACCGCUACAAGGAUAUCUAUGGAAGAUCGAUCACUAAGGAUAUUCUCAGCCACCCUUCAAAUGAGUACCUGAGUGCACUGCGUGCAGCAAUCAGGUGCAUCAAAAAUCCUAACCGGUACUACGCAAAGGUUUUGCGCAAUGCAAUCAAUACAGUGGGGACUGAUGAAGAUGCUCUGACCCGUGUGAUUGUGACACGAGCAGAGAAGGACCUGAAGAAGAUCACUGAGCUGUAUCACAAGAGGAACAAUGAGAGUCUCGAUCAAGCCAUAGCAAGAGAGACAUCAAGGGACUACAAGGCUUUUCUUCUAGCCUUGCUAGGACACGGAGGAAUCUAGAGUUCACCCUCAAAAUCAAAACCUGAUAAAGAGUUACAAUCUCUUCUAACUUCUGCUUUUAAGUACUAAUAAUAAAAGUUUCUGUUUGAUGCUUCGUCAACUCAGUAAUGCUGUUUCUCUAUAUUCAUAAUAAGAUUGGAUUUACAACUUAUUUGUUUUCCUUUAAUAA